AGAGUAGAGCUUGCCUCGCGGAAUAGCGGUAGUAGUUGUACCCUCGCCCUCUCUCUAACGGUCUCUCUCUCUCUCUCUCUGGCUCGCGCGCCCCCGAUCGCAGUUAUAUAGCCACUCUCCGUCUCUGUCUGUCUUUGGCUCUCUGCGCAGCGCACGACUGGCUGCUGCUGCCUGGCUCAAAGCUGACUGCCGAGUCCGACUGGCCGCUUUCUUAUACACUCGCUAUUUCUCGCUCGCUCUCGCCCCUCUGAGCAGCAGCAGCAGCAGCUCGGCACGCAGAGCACGGAGCAGAGCUCGUUACAACACUUGGACUCUCUUCUGCCGAGACGUCGUCGUCUUCUUCGUCGGCUUCCGCAUCCAACGCUCCCAGUGUUGAUCGUGCCUCUUGGUGUUCGACGACGACGGCGACGAUCUAAAGUCGACCCUGUACUUCCCCACCCCUCCCCUCGUCGUGUGUGUGUGUGUGUGUGUGUGUCUGUGCAUCAACCCUCCCCUCCCUACCCGCACAUCUCCCAGUGCGCACAGAAAUUCGCUUAAUAAUUCAGAACGCUCGACUCGGGGGAUCCUCUCGCGGCGAUUCGAAUGUGUGUCAGUUGAGCCCUACUCGUGAAACGCUCGUGAAACGCUCGUGAAUCGCUCGUGAAAGAGUGCGUCAAAGGGAAAGCGAGAGAGCGAGCAGCGACGAGUAGGGGGCCGCCGCCGAUCUCUGCCUCGUCGAGGGUGCGCUGCUGCUUCUUCGUGUUUUGUUGUUCCUUGUACUGUCCUCGUCGACCGCGCUUAUCUCUCUCUACGGCAAACCCGAACCAGUGUACAAAACGCACACAGAGUGGUGAUAUCGAAACAGCGAGCCAGUUGUGCAGCUUCGCCGACUGCUACGAGCGACGACGAGUGCUGAUUCUCGAGCAUUUCGUUCGCAACUACAGCUGUGCGAAAUCGAGCCAACGGCCAGGCAGACAACCCGAGGUCUGUUCUUUUCACGAAGGACCGAGUCGAGCUAUUAGCAGGCGCCGUGGUGCGCCAGCUUGGUCCCGGCAUGGCUGCCCAAGCGGCUUGCACGAGGUUCAGUGACAACUACGACCUCAAGGAGGAGCUCGGCAAAGGGGCUUUCUCUGUGGUCAGACGAUGCGUGCAAAAAAGUACGAACCUCGAGUUUGCUGCCAAAAUCAUCAACACGAAAAAGUUAUCCUCUAGAGAUUUUCAAAAGUUGGAACGAGAAGCGCGAAUAUGUAGAAAACUCCAACAUCCAAAUAUCGUCAGAUUACACGAUAGCAUACAGGAGGAAAAUUACCACUACCUCGUAUUCGACUUAGUAACAGGCGGUGAGCUGUUUGAAGAUAUCGUGGCACGGGAAUUUUACAGCGAAGCUGACGCGUCGCACUGCAUUCAACAGAUCCUCGAGAGCGUACACCACUGCCAUCACAACGGGGUCGUGCACAGAGAUCUCAAGCCAGAAAACUUACUCUUAGCCAGCAAAGCCAAAGGGGCUGCGGUGAAAUUGGCCGACUUUGGCCUGGCGAUAGAAGUCCAAGGCGAUACACAAGCAUGGUACGGAUUCGCGGGCACGCCCGGCUACCUCAGCCCCGAGGUCCUCAAGAAGGAGCCUUACGGCAAGCCCGUCGACAUAUGGGCCUGCGGCGUCAUACUUUACAUUCUGCUGGUCGGCUACCCGCCCUUCUGGGACGAGGACCAGCACCGGCUCUAUGCCCAGAUCAAGGCUGGAUCCUACGACUACCCCACGCCAGAAUGGGACACAGUCACGCCCGAGGCGAAAAACCUCAUCAAUCAGAUGCUCACGGUGAACCCGAGCAAGAGGAUCACGGCCAACGACGCCCUCAAACACCCAUGGAUCUGCCAACGCGAGCGCGUGGCAUCCAUCGUCCACAGGCAAGAGACAGUGGAUUGCUUGAAGAAAUUCAAUGCCAGGCGCAAAUUAAAAGGCGCCAUCCUUACCACCAUGCUGGCCACAAGGAACUUUUCCAGUAAGUAUGAGCCGCCUGGUGGAAAAAGCAACGCCAAGAAGGGCGAUGGUUCCCAGGUGAAGGAAUCAACAGAUAGCAGCACAACGCUGGAGGAUGAUGAUAUUAAAGAGGAUAAGAAAGGCGGUGUCGAUCGGAGCAGCACGGUCAUUGCCAAAGAUCCCGAAGCGUACGGGUCACAAGGAACGCCGCCUAGUAGUCCCGCUUCUACAGCUUCCGUCUUUUCGAGGGCCAUAGGAGCCGCACAGGCGCAGAAACAAACGCCCGGUAGUCCUCUAGGUAUUGCCGCGGUCCUCUUGCAGGGUGCUCAAGGAAGUGGUAGCAGCUCCAGCAGCAGUAGUAACAGCCAAAAUAGCCAGACUGGUGGCUUUUCACCACCCCCAACCUGCACGGUCUUCACGACUAGGAACGAUCUACUAGAAACUCCCAGACGACAGAGCUCAGCCAGCACUGAGGCCGAAGGACCGCGACAACAGGCUGGCGGCUACAGGCAAUUGGGCUACGAUCCUGACGAAGCAAGACGCCAGGAAAUCAUCAAGAUGACCGAGCAGCUUAUCGAGAGCAUCAACACGGGCGAUUUCGAGGCUUACACAAAGAUCUGCGAUCCUCAUCUGACCGCUUUCGAGCCUGAAGCUCUAGGUAAUUUAGUCGAAGGAAUGGAGUUUCACAAAUUUUACUUUGAUAAUGUGCUGGGAAAGAAUUGCAAAGCCGUCAACACAACGAUCCUGAAUCCGCACGUACAUCUACUCGGCGACGACGCGGCAUGCAUCGCAUACGUCAGAUUAACCCAGUACAUGGACAAACAAGGUGUGGCGCACACCCAGCAAAGCGAGGAAAGUCGCAUAUGGCACAAGAAAGACAACAAGUGGCAGAACGUGCACUUCCACAGGAGCGCCGUGACGGGUCCGUCGCCCUUUGCCCAGAACAAGUAAGGCACGAAGCGAUCCGGCCAUCACCUGGACGACGAUCGUGCCAGUUUGCAGCUGCGGCCUCUACAGCCAAGUCGCCAGCAGCAGCAGCAGCCAACAUACCCAAAUGACCCAACUCGCUACGGUGGCGGCUCGCGACUCGAUUUGGUCAAACGGCCGAGGAACGAAUUAGCAGCGGAGUCAGCGGCUCGAUUGCUCAUCGACAUGGCCAGCGCCGGUAGCAGCACCAACGCCACCUCCUCUCCCGAUGCUUCUACUCCCCUGCCGUCGAACGACUUGACAUUUUUCCAUUGAACAUUGAUUCAGGCGUUGACGAAUGCGCGAUACACGAGGAUGAUUCGCUGCGUGAUCAGCGCGAUGCGUGACUUUGUAACAUCUGCUUGCGCGCGCGUGUGUGUGCGUGUGUGUGCGUGAGUUUGAGACUGUGCACUGUGUAUUAAACGAGCCAAAGGCACUUCGUUGGACAUUCCUUAUUUAAAGACCAUAUGUGUCGGCAGUAUAGAGCUUGAGAGCCAAGACAUUUUCAGGCGCGAAUCCGAGAAAAUUUAAACGAUCGUCCAAAGUUUGUACGCGUUGCGCAGCUUUGCUAACAAAUCGCUCAAUUCGCUCAAUUUUUCCAAUUUGCCCAAUCGAUCGUCGAUACGAGUCUGACGAUAAUCGUACAAGUAGCUCUUCGAUUCACACUACCGUUUCGACGCGUUCCAUUCUUUCAUCUUGUUGAUUCUGCUCUCUUUUUACACCUUUACUUCCACGUCGAUCGAGCGUCGAAAUUUACAACAAAUAAUACUUGAUCAUUACAUCCUCAAAGACUGCUUUUAAAUGCCAGCGAAAAAUAUAUGAGAAACAAUUUUACGACAAUGGCCAGAAUUCUUCCGACAGAAUUCGUUAAUGAAUAUACGCAUAUGUAUACAUGUGGCCUUUUCUGUGAAAUCUAAUCCUAGGAAAAAAAAAUCAUUUUUUCAUGCACUGAGAAGCAUAUUGUUUUUCAUAUCAGAAAUGUUUGAAAAUGUUAUUUCAAUUUUACUUUUGUAUUUUACUCAAAUUAACAAAAAGCGUUGAAAGAAAUACUUCAAACAUGUCUUAAUACUUUAUGAUCGUGCUAUACUAUUGAGAGAAAAAAAUCAUACAACUUGUAAAGAAUGCUAUAAUAGCAAAGAAACAAUAGAAGGCUAUUAAUGGAGAAAAUUUGUUAAUUUUUUGGUGAUAACAGUCGGGAUCGAACUUGAUUGGAUUUGGAUUUUUAGGUUUUUCUCCCGCUCAAAGCUCAGAAACGAGUAUUUUUUUCCAAAGUCACUCAGGGGUUUAUCAAGAUGAUUAAUUUUAAGCAACAACACGACUUGAAGGAAGAAACAAACUUUUGAACUUUAAAGGAGGUUACAAAGGAUUUUAGAAAAUUUUCAUAAAAUCUGGAGGCAUGUAAAAACAACAAGAUUUCUUAGCAUGAAAAAAAAAGGGUUUUAGGGACAUCUGAAUUCGCAGAGAGUUAGCCGUAUAUAUUUUAGCAUAAUAUUUAUAUACUUUCCAUGGACUAAUGAAUGAAACGACCAAAAAAAUUUUAAUUGUUGAUGUGUGUAACGAUGAACUUACGUCGCGAGUCAUCGAUCAACUCUAUCCGCAAAAGAAAGUAUUAUUAACCGAAAAAAUGUUCAACUUGGAUAAAUAUAAAUGUAUGAAUAUAAAAUUAUUAUCAUAAUAAAGUGUGUAGACAAGUCAAGAGAAGUUACGAGAGUCUGCUACUGUUGGCCCGGUGAGCAAAAAAAAUCCGAUAUAACUACUGAUAAAAAUGAUCGAUGAGACUAAAAAUGCUAGAGAGAAAAAAAAUGAUUGCAAUUGUAACUCUUAUGUACUGUACUCCAAAUCGGACCAAUCGUCAGAGCGUUCCUCGCAAAUGUUCCGCACUCCUCUAUUAUAAUUAUAAAGGAAAUUAUCAUAUGUAUUGCAUGAUGGACAAAGUGAAAAUUGAGAGAUGAAAGGACAAGAAGCGCGGGGUCAUUCUCCAUUCCUCGGCGAGAGGACGCGAGCCGCAAAAACAAUGAGAGAAAGUUGAGCCAAACCAAUCAGAGAACGAAAACGUUACUAACCGUCUCGAGUCGUAUUAUAAAUAUUAUACAUAACAUAUAGUACGUAAUAUCUUCUCAUGCGGCGCUUCUCGAGCUUUUACGAGCUUCUAACAUUAUAUAUAUUAUAUAUUAUACACCUACGAUGUAUUGUACGCGAUUGACAUGACCGAUGAUCUUCUUUUCUAUCAAUCUUUAGGAUUAUCGUUAAUAAAGACUACACUUGAAUAUAUAAUAAGUAUAUAAAGAUAUGGAAAAUAUUAAUAAUAAGCAUUAUUCUUAUCAUCUAUGAUAAAUUAGAAGGGAAACUACUAAACGGAUGAUGAUUUUAUUAUCGAGUACAAUGAUGCGGAACGUGAGCGUGCUGCGUUCUCUUGAGUUUAAACGAAAAAACAGAAAGAAGUCAUUUUUCUCAUCAGCUCUUGUAGUGACACUCAUUGAAAAAUGAAAGAAAACGAAUAUCUAAAUUUAAUACUUUACACGCGCGAAUGAGCCAGGAAGAAGUGUAAAACUGUUUUUUUACAACGCAACUAAUUAUACAUUUAUUGUUGGUAACUUUAAUUAACUACAUUAAUUAAAACUAUAAACACUGCUCCAAAUUAAUCUCUCGCAUUCAGACUUUAUACAUAAUUGUAAUAAACUUAUUAUACGCUAUGAAUAAAAAAACUCCGUCAAGUUCAAA